AUGAGCUAUAGAAUCAUCUGUAAUAAGUUAUUCAACCCUUUGAAGCAUUCCUCAGAGCCUACACGGUUUGAUGCGCGUGACAAUAAGAAAUUUGCUGUUGGUCAGAUCGACUGGCUUGGAACGCCUAUCCCGUACAGGGGACUAAAAAGACCCUUUCAGUUGAAGAUGAAUCAAGGCCAAGAGAACAAGCCAUGGAAGGUCCAGAUCGUCAUGUCCAGCUUACCUCCUGAUGGACUGCCAGAGAGUAUCAGCCAGCCAGGUUCCAAUAAGGUUUGCGACUUGGAUAUCUGCAUAGAGGAUGUCGAUAAAAAGCUGAAGGAUCGACACUGGUAUAACCGAAACCCGGCGUGGUGGCGAACAUCAUUUGAUGUAAAGGUAGUGAUUGGGCCGGCUGAUCUCUCGUUCCAACUGUGGUCAAAGGAUAAGAGAGUGAGGAGCAACAAACAUGAGCCAAUUACCGUCAAAUGGAUGCCAGCCUAG